AUUUGCAUACUGCGCAGUAUUUAUGGUGUGAUUGACGCUGCAGCCAUCACUCUGCUCCUGCGCCAUCGAGACGUGCAUCUUGCCAGAUCCUCUGCCUGAAACACAGAGCCUUCGCAGACAUGGCUGACAAACCUGACAUCUCAGAGGUCACAGCCUUUGACAAGUCCAAGCUGAAGAAGACUGAAACCCAGGAGAAGAACACACUGCCAACCAAAGAAACCAUCGAACAGGAGAAGUCGGACAAAUGAAGAGCGGUCCUUCUGUGCACUGUACAUUCCACAAGUCUUGCCUUUUUAUUCAACCUAUUCCAACAUGUACUCAAAGUUGAGGUACUUACUAAUUGACAAAACGAUGACUGUAAAAAUCACUGCACCCCUCACUCGCUUUGAUGCCCCGCCCCCACCCCCUGUACAGUAAGAGUGCGGCCUGAUGUCAGCGUGGGUUCCUGGUCAUCUGUUGCUGUGGAAGCAUCUCCAGUGUGGUGUCUUUAAGAGCAGACGUGUCAUGAAACAGCCGAGGGACUUGCACGUUGAUUUGUAACCCUACUCUGGCCACUUGUGAAUGUCCACGUGGCAAGCAGUGUGUUUUGUAUCAAAAUCUGGAAUGCACUAGUUUGUUAAAUAUGCAAAAUAAAAAAUGUAAACUGA